GGUACAAUUACUAGUUACAACCGAACACCACAACUACCAUGUAUUUCAUCGAUCUUGAUGUACGCACAGUGUCAAAAUAUUUUAACGAACAAGCAAUUACGCAUGAAUUUGAAUCCUAUAUCGAUCAAAUUGGAACAGUUAUCGAAUUUCCCGGCCAAUAUAGUGAUUGAAAACGGUUUCAAGUGUAUAUAUAUGAAAAUUCUUUUCGUAGAUCAUACGAUUGUCACACCAUGCUAUAUUCCAAAUAGAAUCAUGUAUUUCGAAUUUGUUAAGUGCUUCCUCUGUGAGGAAUUUCAACCGAAAGAAUUGGUUAAUUUUCUUACAACAAAAUUUCUUACUGUCCAGGUAAUUGGCGUACGAAUUAUUGAACCCUCAAUUUCUGACCGACCUGACCAUGAUAAAUCGGUAUCAAAAUCAUCUAAAGCAGUCACGAAAGAGGAAUUUUUACUAGGAAUUGCUAAAUUUGAUGUAUCUGAUCUUUUGAGAGGAUUUUGGGAAGUAAAAUUGACAAAUGACUUGAUUCAUCCUUGCAACAUAUUUGCUACCAAUAUUGACUAUACAGAUGAUGAGAGAAAGAAAAUUUUGUGGAAGAAUUCACCUCUUACUUCAGAUACUUUUACAUCGUACAGUACAUCGAUGAAAAUUAAAAUUCGUGCAACGUGUGAUUUGCGAAUAAUUCAAAAGAAGAUCAUUCGACAUGAAAAUAUAUUCAAUAGAAUAUUUUUCACUUUGAACGAUUUGAAAUUAGCUAAUGAUAUUUUGAAAGAUGUAUCUCUUCAUAAUUCCAACUUACUGACCAUUUACGAAUCUUCAAUAGAAGACAAUAAUUUAAAAGUAAAAUUUUGAAGUAUAAUUGUAGUUUGAUUUUCUUACCACUCUUUAUAUAUUCUUCUAUUGUCAUACAUACUUAUCAGUUUUAGUUAGUUGAUAUGAUUUUUUGAUGUUAUUUAUGAUACAGACACAGGGUAUGUUGAAGCAUAUUUUAACGGGUUUCGCUAUAGAAAAUUGUGAAAAAUCCUACAUUUUUUUGGAAGGCUUGUCAAACGGAUACUUGUUAAAAAUUUGGGAAAAGGUGAAGAAACUCCCAAUUCAACAUAAAUGCAUUUAUUAUAAUAGCAGUUAUGUAUUUUUUACACGACUUUAUGAAGAUUUCAUACUUUUAGGCGGAAUUAUUCAUAUUAAAUUGAGGUAAAAAAAAAAUUAACGUAUGCUUGUUUAUGAAAUUAUUUCGAAAAUUUUAUGUUACUUUCGUAUUUGAUUAUCUUUCUUUAAUUUACUUUUCAUUCAGAAUUUUUAUGAGGUAAUACAUAAAUUUUCACUACAUUAUAUUAAACACGUUUAUUUUGUUUAAAGCGAAUCCUUAGAAAUGCAACUUCGCAAGUGCAUUUUAUAUAUUGGUAAAACGAAAGCAACAAUUCAGUCAAAUGUUAUAAGGAAAUUAGGAUUGAUGAAUCUAUCAUUAACGAUGAAAUCUUUACAUCAAACACAUCUAUUCCCAGAACCAGAUGAUAUAAAAGCUUUUAUUAAUGAUAUUCGAAAAAUAUGUUCCACAAAAUACAUUCGUAAAAAUAUGGUAUAAAUUACUAAUAAUUAUAACAAUUAUGAAUGUAGGACUUAAAAUUUGAAAUUUGAAUUGUUGUGAUAACAAAACAGCACAAAUUUUAUUAAAAUAACAAUACAAAUAUCUACUUAAUCUAUUUAGAAAAAAGAACAGAAAUUGUAUUAAAGGAUGAAUAUGAAAUAUUGCUCGAAAUUAUUUUUGAUUACAAUUUGUAAUUAUGAACGUACAUAGGUAUAUAUUUAAAUAAAUGCAUUCAACAGCA